AUGGACGGCUUUAGAAGCUCUCCUCCAAACCCCCAACCACGUGUCACAGAUAAGACACGUGAGUGGUUUCGAUUUCGAGACAUUUCACAAAGAGGAAUAAAAAGGACACAUCUACAAUGGCACAACAGCAACACAGAAGAUGCAAUGACCAGCUUAAAGCUCACACCAAUGGAGCGCACUGUCGGGGGCUCGGUCCCUGCCACGGAUGAGUUUUACAGCCGUCAUCUCCGUAUGGUCAACGGUGCUGCGGUGCACUCACAUGGGGACAAUCCUCAGACCACUGCAAGUCCAGGAGUACCAAAAAUGGGGAUCCAAGCAAACAACUACAGCUCCGAUACCCGUUACCUGGUCCCGGUAGAGCAUCGCGGCCCUACACAUAGAAACCCGAGACAAAGAAGAAAUCGCCAGCGCAGCAACAGUGACAUGGCUAUAGGGGAAAUGGAGGCCAGUGGGGACAGUGGUGAUGAGUGGAGUCCAACAACAGGAGCCAAACUGUCCCCUUUUCACCGCAACUAUGGUAGCACCUCCUCCAUUGACCAGCAUGGGCUCUCUGGAGAGAGCUUCUUUGAAAUGCUCAAGGGGUAUCAAGAAGACAAGAUGGACCAACGAAGUCCUGCUCCAGACAAACUGGAGGACAUACUGAAUGUUGUAACUAAACAGUCCCUCAUAGAGCUUCAGGAAGAUGUUCCCGACGGCUUGUAUUCCAAAUCUAAAGACAAGCCCCCCAAGAGGCGAACAAAAUCAGAGACAGGCGGUGAGUCCAUAUUUCGUAAACUUCGAAGUGUGCGUGGGGAACUGGACUCUCCUCGAGCCGGAUCAGAAGCAGAUGAAAGCCGGACAGAUGAUUUGGGCCCACCAUUUAAACCUUGGGUUUGUCAGAAAGGUUUUUCCCACUAUGAUGUUCAGAGCAUACUGUUUGACCUUAAUGAGAUUGCCCAGAUGCUUCAAACUGCAGUCAAAAGAAAAAACACCACCACAGGAGCAUCAGCAGCUGCUGUGGCAUCAGCCACCUCCACCAUCUCCUCCACCCACAGCUUGCCUUACAGCUCCCCCAGUGGAAGCCAAGAGGAGCUUAACUCCAGGGACAGAGUUGCAGUCCUCGAGGGUCCAAAGGAGGGACCCAGCUCACUCAGUGACAAGGGCAAACAGUACAUUGUGGAGCAUGUGGACUUAGGAGCCUACUAUUACAGACACUUCUUCAAUCUGAGGGAGCAUUGGAACUACUUUGGCAUAGAUGAGACACUUGGACCAGUUGCAGUGAGUUUGCGGAGGGAGAAGAUGGAGGAAGACAAGGAACAUGGCCAGCAAUAUAACUACCGCCUCAUCUUCAGAACCAGUGAGCUGACAACUCUACGGGGUUCUAUCCUCGAAGAUGCAGUGCCUUCCACAUCUAAGCACGGUUCCAGUCGAGGGCUGCCUGUCAAAGAUGUACUCGAAUACCUUCUUCCAGAACUGGACCUGUCCUGCCUUAGACUUGCUCUCAACACCCCCAAGGUGACGGAGCAGCUAUUAAAACUGGAUGAACAAGGGCUGAGUUUCCAAGUGAAGGUUGGGGUGAUGUACUGCAGAGCGGGUCAGAGCACAGAGGAGGAGAUGUACAACAAUGAAACCGAAGGACCUGCCCUGGAAGAGUUUCUCCAUCUGCUGGGAGAGAAAGUCCGCCUUAAGGGCUUCACCAAGUACAGAGCUCAGCUGGACACAAAAACGGACUCCACCGGCACUCACUCCCUGUACACUACCUACAAGGACUAUGAGCUCAUGUUCCAUGUUUCAACCCUGCUGCCUUACACACCCAACAACAAGCAACAGCUGCUACGGAAGCGGCACAUUGGGAACGACAUCGUGACAAUCGUCUUUCAAGAGCCUGGUGCUCACCCUUUCACCCCCAAGGCCAUCCGCUCGCAUUUCCAACAUGUCUUCAUAAUUGUCCGCGUUCACAACCCUUGCUCGGACAGGACAUGCUACAGUGUGGCGGUGACCCGUUCCCAAGACGUCCCUUCCUUUGGACCACCCAUCCCUAAAGGCGUGACAUUUCCUAAAUCCACGGUCUUCAGGGACUUCUUGCUGGCGAAAGUCAUAAACGCUGAAAACGCAGCUCACAAAUCAGACAAAUUUGGUGCAAUGGCAACACGCACUCGGCAGGAAUACCUCCGGGACCUAGCAGAGCGUCAUGUCACUAGUACUCCUGUUGAACCUACCGGAAAGUUCCCAUUUAUUUCACUGGCACACAAGCGGCGGGAGAAGACUCGGCCAUACAGUGGUGCAGAGCUCAGGAGCCUGGGAGCCAUCACCUGGCAUGUUCACGCUGAAGACCAAGUGGCAGGAUCUGAACGAGAAUGCCUUUUGGCUAUUUCCAAUGACUUUAUCAUUUUGCUGGAUCAGGAGGCCAGGUCGGUCGUGUUUAACUGUGCCACACGAGAUGUUAUUGGUUGGUCGACAGGAAGCCCCGCCUCUCUGAAAAUCUACUAUGAACGUGGGGAGAGUGUGUCACUACGGUCCAUCAAUAACAAUACAGAAGACUUUGGAGAGGUGGUCAAAAGGCUGGAGCUUCUGACCAAGGGUAGCCAAACUACUGAGAUGACAUUGCGUCGUAAUGCACUGGGUCAACUGGGUUUUCAUGUCAAUUUUGAGGGCAUUGUUGCAGAGGUGGAGCCAUAUGGGUAUGCGUGGCAGGCUGGUCUCCGACAGGGCAGUAGACUGGUUGAGAUCUGCAAAGUGGCAGUUGCCUCUCUGUCCCAUGAGCAGAUGAUCGACCUGCUGCGCACCUCUGUCACUGUCAAAGUAGUCAUUAUCCCCCCACACGAGGACUCUACACCACGCAGAGGAUGCUCAGAGAUUUACCACAUGCCACUAGUGGACUACAAGAAUCACAAAGAGGGCAUGCCAUACGAGUUAAAAUUCCCUUUCCGCCCUCCGAACAACAACAACAACACAAAGUGGCCUCGCACCACCUCCUCCAGCCCGCAGACCCGCUCCUCUGCUUCAGCCGCCACACUCAUCAAAGCUCCGCCUCCCGAAUUCAGCAACUCUGCCGUCAUGCCUCGCAGUGUGUCCAGUGAUGGCAGACUCCACCCCAAAAGAUAUUCUCCCGGGAAUGACAACUACGCCAUGGCUUGUUCCAUUGUGAUGGGCCGCACUGUGCAGAACACCAACUCUCCUUCUAACAUAUCCUACAACGACAGCGUGAGCUCCAACCACUGGAAGCAAAAACCAGCUCCAGACGGAUUCAACAACAACAACUGCCAGUCUACUGUGCCAUCCUCUCGACAAGUGUCAGGCGAGGGGAUCAACGGAGUCAAAGGGUGCUCUGGUGUUGCUUGGACACGACAGGGAGAGGUGGAGACUGGUCGGCUACUAGACAAAAACACUGGGGAACCAGUGAUUACAAAUCGACCCAUUUCCAGGCUUCAGUCUGAGCAUGGAUGCCACAUGUCUCCCAACAAAAACAUUAAGGAUGGUCCAUAUUCCUCUAGCCAAUCCAGCAGUAACACACUGUCAAGCAACGCCUCCAGCUCGACCCACAGUGACGAGAAGUGGUACGAGGCGGGCUCGCGCUCAGGUGUGCGAGGAGAACUGGAGCUCAACAGCUUUCUGCAGGGAGCCUCCACUGACAGCGGCAUCGACGCCACCUCCUUCACGGCCACACAGAGCAGCACCGCAUCCUCCAACGGCGGCUUCAGGACCAAAGAGAAAUCUCCCUGGCCGGACGAGGCGACAGACAACAGUGACGCGUCCCCUCCGCUUGAGUCUCUGCUCACGGUCGGAGGCAACGAAACCCAGGCCAAAAGUCCUUCACCGUUCUCCCAACAUCCGGAUGCAUACAAUCUGAAUGAUGCCUCCACUCUGCCCAGCCACAGCCCUUUAAGCCAAGUCAGCAGGUCCAUGUCCCCCGAGGAGGAGCCAACAUCUCCUACAUCUCCCGGAACAAAGAGCUUCUACCCACGUCAGGGAGCAACUUCCAAGUAUCUGAUUGGCUGGAGGAAACCCGGUGGAACUGUCAACUCUGUGGACUUUGGCAGCACGAGGAAACGGCAUCAGAGUGACGGGCCUUUGGCCGGUCAGCCACAGCUCAGGGCAAAUCUUCGUGGAGCUCAGUCCCCACAAAGACAUGCUGCCAAGUCGAGCUUGGAAGAAGAUUUAAAGAAGCUCAUCACACUGGACAGCCCUCCUCCUGUGUCGAGUGAAGAGCAGCACACGUUCCCUUGCCCCACCCCCGGCCGCCGCUCCCUUCAAAGAACAGUAUCAGAUGAGAGCAUAUACAGUGGGCAGAGAGAGGCGUCCUCUGGUGCACAGAGGGAAACUCCCACUGACCUUCUGUUCAGCAGCUCCACAAUGCCAUGCUCACCCACCGCCCGAAACGGCAGGCGGCAGUCACACAAGUCAAUGGGGGACCUAUCAUCCCCCAACAGCAUGGAGUUUGAGCAGGACAAGAAGAAUCAGACAGAGGAUUCUGUCCUAAUGCCCCUGCCUGACCCUGGGACAGAUGCUCCACUGGACUGGGCCCACCUGGUGGACGCUGCUAAGGCCUUUGAGGAACAGCGGUUAGUUUUCCUAGCAGCCCAAGAGGAGAGCACCCUGGCAGAGAAUGUGGCGAUCAGCAGCACCCCUCAACAGGCUGAACCUCAGGCUGCUCCUCUCAGACUGCCACCACCUGGUAAUAUUAAUGACAGUCCGGCGUGUCUCUUGGGAAAAGUGAACCAGCUGGAGUCUUUGGUGAAAACUCUUCAAGAUGAUCUCAAGAAGGAGAAAGAUGCAAAGGCAUCCCUCCAGAUGCAAGUCCAAAGCUUGCGAGAGGAUAACCAUCGUCUGCUCGAGGAGUCGUACAGUGCUUCUACCAAGCUCAAAAAGUUCACAGAAUGGGUCUUCAACACCAUUGACAUGAACUAA